AUGAUGGAGACCGGCACCUCGGAGAUGGACCGCGUGCAGCUUUCCCGCCGCAUCGGCAGCCAGACGGGAGGCGUUUACGCGACCUUCCUGGCCGACCAACCCUCGGCCGGCGGCGCGGUGGCGGACCCCGGGGCACUGAAGCAGUACCUGUUCCUCCGCGGAAAGGCCGUCUCGGACAAGGUAUCCGACAUGCUCUCCAUCAUGUUCGACGUCAUGACGGACGCUCACCUUGACAGCCAGCAGAGGGUCGUCGAGAUGCUCAAGGAGUCGAAGGCCCGUCUUGCGUCGUCGAUCCAGGGAUCUGGACACUCGUUCGCGAACACACGCCUCGAGGCCAGGUACACCGUGGACGGGUACCUGGGCGAGCUCCAGGGGGGAGUGACGUACGUGAACACGGUCAAGGACAUGCUGGACGAGGCCGAAAACGACUGGCCCAAGAUGCUCAAGCGCCUCCAGCGCGUCCGCGCCACCCUCCUGUCCAAGAAGCAGUUCCUGUCUGUUUUGGACGGGUCUAGCGAGGCAGUGUCGGAGUUCCUGUCCCGCCUCCCGGAGGAGACCGAGGGUGCCGCUACCAACACGGCUCCUCUGGCGGAGCAAGUGAAGCUGCUGCAGGAGAAGGACGAGGGCUUCGUCGUGCCGACUCAGGUGAACUACGUGGUCAAGGGCGGACCGCUCUACAAGCCGGGGGAAGUCGUGCCUGGCCAGGCGUCGGU